AUGUCCUACGCUCUGGAAUCUAAGAAGCGAAAGUUUCACCGUGUUCUCGAAUCAAUAUCCAAGCCUCUUACCCCCGAAAAUGCGCCCAAGGCAGCCCCUGCGGCGCCGACGACGGUACAAGACCGUAUCUCCGCCAACUUAUCCAUCAAAAAAGUGCGCUUGGCCAGUGCCGACCGUUCGGAGCUCACAGCGGUACGCAACUCAAUCAACAAGAUCUCCCGACCAGGGCACCGAAUUACGUCCGCAAAUUCGAAUAAGCGCCCGACCUUUGUUCCUUGGGACCGCGAACGUUUUCUCGAGCGGUUAGAGACCUUCCGCCGUGUCGAUCGAUGGACGUCAAAGCCGUCUCCGAUCAAUGAAGUACAAUGGGCGAAGCGUGGUUGGAUAUGUACGGACGUCAUGCGCGUCACCUGUGUGAGUGAUUGUGGCGGCGCAGUCGUUGUGAAGCUUCCCGAUGAAAUCGAUGAGCUCGAUGGUUUCAACAUUGAGAAGGUGGAGGAGCGCAAGGAAGUCCGCGCGAGGCUAGUUGACGAAUAUGCGAAAAUGCUAAGUAAUGCUCAUGGUGAAAACUGCCCAUGGCGAAUCAAGAGCUGUGAUGCAACUAUCCAACAUCUUCCUUUGACAAAUUGUGACUCCGCCUUAUUGGGUCUUCACAAACGAUAUACAAACAUCUCGGAAAUGGGCGAAAAAUUACCAGCCGAUGAUAUCAUCCAGAUCCCAGAAGGGCUUGAUCUUGAUGUCAUUAUCAAAGGACUUCCCGAAGAAUGGUUCAAGGAGGCCGAGAAACCUGCUGUAUCCACCGACGGAGAGACUCAGCCUACAACCGCCGACAACCAAGACUCAACAAAAACACACAAACACGUUAAUCGAGCUGCGCUGGCGCUAGCAUUGCUCGGCUGGGAUACUGCCUCUGAUGGAGCUGCGGGGUUAGUUGGAUGUGGUGCGUGUUUCCGUCGCCUGGGGUUAUGGAUGUACAAACCCAAAGACAAUGGAGAUGUGACCGUCUACACUUCCCUCGAUGUGGCCGAUGAGCACAUGGAGUACUGUCCCUGGAUUGACAAGGUAGCCCAAAGUGGCACUGGGCGGCCCAACGAGAAGUUGGCGGAACUACGCGCUGGGUGGCAGAUGGUCGCGGAGGCCGUGAAGGUCAAACACCGUCGUAGACUUCGCACUAUGGCGUCCGCCGAUACAUUGCGGACGGACCCAGAAACACCAACCGAGGCCACAGGGGAAGAAGAAAACGCGGAUGCGAAAAAGAAAGCAGACCGCGAGUGGUGGGCAAAGAUUCGACGAGUGAGACAGGUUUUGACGGCCAAGUCGCCAAAACGAAAGCCUGUCUUACCUCAAUGA